AUGCCAGCAUCUAACAAAGCAGUCUGUACCGCCGACUCCAAACACCCAGACAUAGGAGUCCCCAAAGCUGUGGCCGAGCAAGACACCAUUCCUUCAAGAGCAGGAAAGAAGAAGACAAAGAAUGCUGCUGCCCGACAGCUGUCUAGCGUCGACAAUGCCGACAACAGCACAGAGUCAGCGUCAAUGGGUCAAUCUCAGCUCCCGUUUUCCUCCUCAAACCCUCCACCCUCGAUUCUCGGCCAGAUACCGCAGACAUUCUCUCAAACCAGAAGGAGCAAUGCCUUCGAUGCCUUGAACGACGCGAACUCUUCUCAGAAGGUUUCCGACGAGCAUACUCCGCCAGUCGACCUCUGGGCUCGGAAUGCUGUCCACGGCAGGACCCCACCAGUCGAGCCCAUUCCAGGCCUGAACUCGUCCUCUUCACCGCCAUACGAGCCUGGUUUCAGCACUCGAGUCGCCUUCAAUGCUAGAAGUCCGCCGAUCUCCCCUCCCAUGCGCAACGCCCGUCCAGUGAGCUAUGGUGGAGGCAUUCCGGCCCUCCCGAGUCACCAUCGAAUGUCGACCUCACCUUACGGCUAUGGCAUCACUGCAUAUGGGUCUCCUCCUGCCCUGCCUCAUCUGCCUCAACAACACUUCUAUGGCGCCCACGAUGUCGACUUGGGUGUCUGCCCUCCACACACACCUCUGCCAGAACCGGCUCCCUUGAAGUUCACCCGCUUACCGGGCUCAGGAUCUGAGUUGCGAGACGCUAUUCUUCUGACUGUGGACGGGGAGCUGCAUCUUGUCAGUUACAAUGGGGAGAAAUUAGAACACAUUGGAGCCCUCCUCGGGGUGCAAGGCACCAUAGUUGAUGCCACGCUUCUUCCAUGGAAUACUGGCGAAGACCCCUUCUCGGCCCUCAGGCCUUUGGUGGCGCUCGUUGUCCAUGGGUCUGGGGCUCCACAUCCCGGGACAUCACCACCAACCGAAGACCGACCCUUCAAUGGGACUCCCUACAAGGUUCCGGAGACCAGAGUAGUGGUGUUUUCUCUAAGCAAGAGCUGUGAGGUGGCUGAGCUGUUGAAGGUGCCCACUGCUACGGGAGGUUUCCCAGGGGUCGCUACGAGUAGCGGGCGUCCAUCGUCCCUGAAGAUCCAUGCCAGCGGUAAUUUCGUUGUCGUCUCUUCUGGGGAAAGUGGCGAAAUCUAUGUUUUCGCCCUCCGAACAGGCAAGGAUUCCGGCGUCUUCGAAUGCCUGGGCAAGUACUGGACCACUCUGCAACCUCAUCUGCAGAGGAGAGAUUCCUCCUCUCAUGGGCCCGCGUCCGAUGCGGACAUUUCGCCCGCCGACCUUGCUCGUGGGAUCGAUGCCGAGAAUCCACCCAUUCUGAGUCUCAACGGGCGAUGGCUGGCAUUCUGCCCAGCAGGUACCUCUUCUCGAAGGUCUAUUGGUGCGAUCCUGGGUGAAUAUGUGGUCUUUGGCAAGAACUCGAAUGUCAACGCUGGGACUGCUCCCGCAAGGCCUCUGUCGAACUGCGAGGUCGAUUCCCCAGAUGUCGAUACUUUCUUGAGCAAAGUCGCAAAAGGAUUUGCGCAGGAAGCUGUCAGAGGUGCGAAGUGGAUCAGCGAAAAAGGCAUGCAGACAUGGCAAAAUUAUUGGAAGAAGGAUACAGGCAGUCCUAGCCAGCCCGCUCUCCAAUCCUCCAGCCCUCCAGCCUACUCUCCACACCUGGCCCUGGCUCAGUUUCCUCCUACGCAUGCAAUCGAACAACAUGGAGUAUCCAGGGACCCGGAGCUCGUCAGCAUCCUCGAUUUGAAAAUGCUUCAGGAAAGUCAAGGUCGAAAGGGAGCUGAGCUCAGUUCGGUGAUCACCUUCCAACCACCGGGUGGCUGUAGCUUUCUGUCUUUCACGCCAACUGGCCUAGGGCUCUUGACUGCAAAUCAUAACGGUGAUGUACAGUACAUAUGGGACCUGAUGCAGAUGAAAUACACGCACGGUUCACCAACUUCGACCUCGACUGAAAGCAACCGGGUGCGGCAAAUUGCACGGUACGAGCGCUUGAGCCCGUCUACUAUUGUCGACAUAGCGUGGGAUGGGCCAACUGGAUACAGAUUCGCUCUUCUCACCAAGAAUCGCACUAUUCACAUCUUUGACUUGCCGAAAACGUCCUUCCGUUGGCCACCACCCGCGGUCAAGAAGAGUCGGCCAACCUCUGCCCCCAUCGACCCCGCCCAAGGAAAGAUGGAACACGACCCUGCACCAGCGGGAGGUUUUCUUGCCUCGGCCAUGAGCCUUGCAGGUAGAACACAACCAAUGCUUGCAAGUUUGCGCGGAAGAGCCCCGAGUAUUAACGGUGGCCUGGCUGGAGCAACUCCAGUGGGUAUUGGCUUUGCUUCGACGACCAGCAUCAAAAGUGGUGGCAGGGCGGUAGCGGCGGGCCUUAGCAAGUCCCUGGGUGCUGCCUCUGAGACGGUCACCAGCAUACGGCACGCGAACCAGAGCAGGCUUCACCUGAGAAUCCUCGCACGCUCGGGUAUGUUCUGUUGGCUGCGACGUGACGGAAGGUCCAUAUUGUCCAUCCUGGACGACAAUAACGUCAAGAACUACUACGUCCGCAUGACCAAGCCUCGAGAAAAUCGCCAAUUGGAAACUGUCUCCGUUUUCGAUGCACGAAAGGCGGUUGCCACCAAAUUACCGAAGGCUGUAGACCUCACCUCCGGGCGACCACCGACAGCAUUCGCAGCUGAAUCAGAGGACAAGAGCAAUGAAAGGCCUCCUCUGCUUGGCUUUUGGAAACCUAGGCCUAGUAGAGAUGUUGGCUCGAGAACGCCCCACCCGCUGGCCUCGGCUGAGAUCGAAACCAAUUCUCCCUAUCAGCCAUUCCAUUCAGAUCGCAGAGUUACCAUAUCCUUCAACUCGGGACAAGCAACCUCAAUAAUCGAAGUUCGGCCCUCUGCCCAUCAAGGACGGCGCUCGAGUCCAGAGUCCUCAGACAGAUGGAUCUUCGGCGAGGAUAUCUCAUUCAGUACACAGAGCAUCAUUAAACCAAAUCUAAAAGAUGCGGAUGACAGCACUAACAUCCAACGUCAAACGACAAUUGUCUCGGCACAUACAAAUUUAGAUACAGCUCCCAUGCAAGCCUUCGAUGAUGACAUUCCUCAAGUCUUCAGCAGCACGAAGAAGAAAAAGGGCAAGAAGAAUAAUCGUGCUCAAGGACGAUUACUCGAGGAGCCGGAGGACAACACGGUGACCGAUGUGUCGUUCGACCCGGGUGAAGAUCUGCUAGGCGAGGAUCCUCUAUAG